UCAUACUUUUUCCGUGCGGUUGCCGUGUUUUUGACUUUCGCAAAAUUCUUCCUCCAUCGGGCGCAAUUCUUCCAUAAAAAAACCUUUUCAAUUAAACAAUUGACAAGAAGUCAUUUAUUGCAUUAACUAACAAGCCAAUCAAAACAUUAACAUCAACUUAAAAACAUUACCCAACACGUGCGGCCAUAAUUUUAUUUAGGAAAUAUCCAAAUCCAAAAAAAAUAUCCCAGCCUAGUGUCAGAGCAAAAGGAAAAAUAUCCAUCUGUGCAUCAGAUUUAGCUUCAGCCCCCUGCCGAACCGCGCACCCAGUUUAGUCUUUCGCUUUAUAUAGCCCGAAAAAGGUAUACAAUUUUUCAAUUCUAAUAUUUCUAUGAUUGUAACCUGUCAGGCUAGUCAGCACAGCACGCGGGAUUACAGCACGUGUGUACCUUGUUGGAAAAAAGUUAAUUGUUCAGUAAUCGCGAAGAGUUGCCAAAAAGUGGAAAGCGGGUAUUAAUCGAAAUUUAAAUUUAUCUCGGAGUGAAAAAUAAAUUCAAAACCAAAAUCGAAAUCGGAAAGCACCAUUUUUGCAAGAGGAAGUAUUAAUUUCAAUUUGAGCGCACACUCCAGACACAGACAUCAUCGUACGUAACCCUACCGAGAAGAAAGAUAGAAAGAACAUAACAACAUAACACAGCACAAUGCCACAAUCGUCAUCAGCAACCCAACUCAAUGGUUAUUCCAAUUCCAACAACGAUGGUAAAUACGACAUGGAGGACGGACAGACGUUCCUUUUCACUUCUGAAUCGGUGGGCGAAGGCCACCCAGACAAAAUGUGUGACCAAAUAAGCGACGCCAUCCUGGACGCCCUCUUGCAGCUGGAUCCCAAUGCGAAGGUAGCCUGCGAAACAGUCACCAAGACCGGCAUGGUUUUGCUGUGCGGCGAAAUCACAUCCACCGCCACCAUCGACUACCAGAAAGUUGUCCGCGACACAAUUCAACACAUUGGCUACGAUGACUCCUCGAAAGGCUUCGACUACAAGACCUGCAACGUCCUCCUCGCCCUGGCACAGCAAUCACCCAACAUUGCAGCGGGUGUGCACGUCAACCGUUCCGAAGAUGAAAUUGGUGCUGGCGAUCAAGGAAUCAUGUUUGGAUAUGCCACCGACGAGACAGAGGAAUGCAUGCCCUUGACAGUUGUGCUUGCCCACAGAUUAAAUCAGAAAAUCGCUGAACUACGCCGCUCCGAGGAGUUCUGGUGGGCCAGACCGGACUCGAAAUCACAGGUCACUUGUGAGUACACCCUGAACAGAGGAUCCACCAUCCCCAAGCGAGUGCACACCGUUGUCGUUUCGGUGCAACAUUCGGAAAAAAUCUCAAUCGAUGACUUGCGCAAAGAGGUCAUGGACAAAGUUGUCAAAGAGGUCAUCCCAGCGGAAUACUUCGAUGCCAACACAAUUGUCCACAUCAAUCCAUGCGGCGAAUUCAUCAUCGGUGGACCGAUGGGUGAUGCUGGUUUGACAGGAAGAAAGAUCAUUGUCGACACAUACGGCGGCUGGGGUGCCCACGGAGGUGGCGCCUUCUCCGGCAAGGAUUUCACAAAGGUAGAUCGUUCGGGAGCGUACGCUGCACGUUGGGUAGCCAAAUCUUUGGUCAAAGCUGGCAUCUGCAAGCGCUGUUUGGUGCAGGUCUCCUACGCCAUUGGUGUAGCGGAACCACUCUCCAUCACCAUAUUCGACUAUGGCACCUCACAUAAGACACAAAAAGAAUUGCUCGCCAUCAUCAAAGCCAACUUUGAUCUGCGACCCGGCAGGAUUGUCAAGGACCUUAAUUUGAGACAUCCCAUCUAUCAGCGGACGAGUACUUAUGGACAUUUCGGACGAGACUGCUUCUCAUGGGAGCAAGCAAAACCUUUAGAUCUAAAUUGACUAGAGGAGAGAGACGGUGAGCCGUUUGCAAAAAAACUUAAAAAAAUCAAUUAGGAAACCAUACAAAUUUUUAUUUUUAAUUUUAUUAUUGAUACAAAAACAAAAAUUAAACAAAAAACAAAA